ACAUUUAGUUCCGUGAAGUGUUAAUAAUUUAGUGUUUAAACGACAUAGAAGGAGUAAAACAAAUGUGUGUGAUCCAUGUGUGAAUGUUGUGCUACAAGAUGUGGUCGAGAAACUUUAUACCGGAUUAUGGGAUUAAAUUGCUAUCCAUCGGUCUCCUGCUGUCGACGUUGGCAGCCAAAAUCCACGGGGUCGAAGGUUUCGUGUCGUGCUCGCCGUCUCCAUGCAAAAAUGGCGGGACCUGUCUCUCGUCACCACGUGGGGAAUAUUUUUGCAAUUGUACAUCCCGUUACGCCGGCGAGUUCUGUCAGCAUCUAAACCCUUGCCAUAGCGAAUCAAGUCCACGAUGCCAAAAUGGAGGAACGUGCAGGGUUCGCCCUGGUAUCGGAGGGGCUCCUCCGUCAUUCGCCUGUGACUGCCCAUUGGGUUUUAGCGCAUCCCUGUGUGAGAUUCGCAUCCCAGCGGCAUGUGAUUCUGCGCCUUGCUUAAAUGGAGCGACUUGCAGGCUGACUUCAUUGCACACCUAUGAAUGCGACUGCCCGCCAGGCUAUACAGGAGAGGAAUGCUCACACGAAGAUCACUGCGCAUCACAGCCGUGUAGAAACGGUGGUCGAUGCGUCGCUGACAACACAACAGCGGCCGGGUACUCCUGUGCCUGUCCUCCUGGCUUUACUGGCUCGAGGUGUACUGACGAUGUCUUCGAAUGCUCGAGUGGUUCAGGUCCUUGUCACCACGGAAGGUGCUUUAACACCCACGGGUCAUACACCUGUGUAUGUGAGCCAGGAUAUACUGGGAGGGACUGUGAUACGGAGUACGUUCCCUGUGAGCCGUCGCCGUGUCUUCACGGAGGAAGGUGUACGCAGCUUGAUCAGCUGAGAUACGAGUGCGAUUGUCCUACUGGUUACCGAGGCCAGAACUGCGAGAUCGACAUCGACGACUGUCCCGGACAUUUGUGUCAGAACGGAGCAACUUGCAUCGACGGGCUCAACUCGUACACUUGCGAGUGUCCGCCGACAUUCACCGGGACACUCUGCGAGACUGAUGUCGAUGAGUGUGCUUUGAGGCCUCUUGUCUGUCAGAAUGGUGCUACUUGUACCAACUCUGUUGGUGGGUUUUCCUGCAUCUGCGUGAACGGGUGGACGGGUCCUGAGUGUUCUGUGAACAUCGACGACUGUGCUGGCGCCGCUUGCUUCAACGGUGCUACGUGUAUUGACCGUGUUGGAGCGUUCUACUGUAAAUGUACUCCGGGAAAAACUGGUCUCCUCUGCCACUUGGACGACGCCUGCACAUCGAAUCCUUGCCACGCCGACGCUAUUUGUGACACGAGCCCCAUCAACGGAUCGUACACUUGCUCAUGUGCUUCUGGUUAUAAGGGCUUGGACUGUUCUGAAGACAUCGAUGAGUGUGAACAGGGAUCACCAUGUGAACACGACGGUAUCUGCGUGAAUACUCCCGGUUCCUUCGCCUGUAACUGUUCUGUCGGCUUCACGGGGCCGCGCUGUGAGACCAAUGUGAACGAAUGCGAGAGUCACCCUUGCAGGAACGAUGGCUCUUGUCUCGAUGACCCUGGAACCUUCCGAUGUGUCUGCAUGCCGGGUUUCACGGGAACACAGUGCGAGGUCGAGAUUGACGAGUGCGCCAACAAUCCUUGCCUGAACGGCGGCGUCUGCCACGACAUGAUCAACGCGUUUAGAUGUACCUGUGUUAUCGGUUUCACUGGAGCUCGCUGUCAGGUCAACAUCGACGACUGCGCAUCAAGUCCUUGUCGAAACGGUGGCACGUGUCAUGACUCCAUCGCUGGCUAUACUUGUGAAUGUCCUCCUGGGUACAAUGGAAUGUCCUGCGAGACCAACAUCAACGACUGUCUAUCCGCACCGUGUCACAGAGGCGAAUGUAUCGACGGCGAUAACAGUUUCACUUGCAACUGUCACCCGGGAUACACUGGCCGUGUAUGUCAGACUCAGAUCAACGAGUGCGAGUCCAAUCCCUGCCAGUUUGGAGGUCAUUGCGAGGAUUUGAUCGAUGGAUACCAAUGCCGCUGCAAGCCAGGGACAUCGGGUCGCAACUGUGAAAUCAAUGUCAAUGAAUGCUACUCCAAUCCUUGCAGGAAUGGCGCCACUUGCAUCGACGGUAUUAACAGGUACACCUGCGAGUGCAUCCCCGGCUUCACCGGCCAACAUUGCGAGACCAACAUCAACGAAUGCUUGUCCAACCCCUGCGCCAACGGUGGAAAAUGUAUUGAUCGUAUCAACGGUUUCCGGUGUGAAUGUCCAAGAGGAUACUACGACGCUAGGUGUCUAUCGAAUGUUAACGAAUGCGAAUCGAAUCCCUGCAUACACGGUGGAACUUGCGAAGACGGCGUCAACCAGUUCAUUUGCCAUUGUUUACCUGGUUAUGGAGGUCAACGCUGUGAACGUGAAAUCGACGAGUGUAGUUCCAAUCCCUGUCAGCACGGCGGUACUUGCCACGAUCGGUUGAACGCUUACAAGUGUGACUGCGUACUAGGGUUUACUGGAGUAAACUGCGAGACAAAUAUCGACGACUGUGCCGGCAACCCGUGCCUGCACGGCGGUUCGUGUAUUGACCUUGUGAAUGGAUACCGCUGCGUGUGCGCGCCACCGCACUCCGGACGCAACUGCGAGAACACGCUCGACCCUUGCCUGCCCAACCAAUGUCGCCACGGAGGUCGUUGUAUAGCCGAAGCGUCAUACGCUGAAUUCACGUGCCAGUGUCCCGUGGGAUGGACGGGCGCGUUGUGUGAGAGGGACGUAGACGAGUGCGCGGUCACCGCUCCUUGUCACAAUGAGGCCACCUGUAUCAACACCGAGGGUUCUUACGCCUGUCUGUGCGCGAGAGGAUACGAAGGAAAGGACUGUGCCAUCAACACAGAUGACUGUGCUUCAUUCCCUUGCCAAAACGGCGCGACGUGUCUGGACAGUAUCGGCGACUACAACUGCGUGUGCGCCAGCGGCUUCGCGGGCAAGCACUGCGAGGUCGACAUCGACGAGUGCCAGUCGCGUCCUUGUAUGAACGGCGCUACUUGUAAUCAGUAUGUGGCGUCCUAUACGUGUACUUGCCCGCUCGGCUUCUCCGGAAUCAACUGUCAGACAAACGACGAAGACUGCACUGAAUCAAGUUGUAUGAACGGAGGCACUUGUAUCGACGGAAUUAAUUCUUACAACUGCUCAUGUCCGCCUGGGUACACUGGAUCAAAUUGUCAGUUCCGUAUAAACAUGUGCGAUAGUUCUCCCUGCGACAACGGAGCGACUUGCCAUGACCACGUGACUUACUACACUUGUCACUGUCCAUACGGCUAUACUGGCAAGCACUGUGAAGCCCUCGUGGAAUGGUGCGAGAACAACCCGUGCGAGAACGGCGCGACGUGCUCGCAGAAGGGCCCGCAGUACACGUGCACGUGCGCGCCCGGCUGGUCCGGCAAGCUGUGCGACGUCGAGAUGGUCUCCUGCAAGGACGCGAGCAUCCGAAAAGGUGUCAAAUUGAAGCAAUUGUGUAAUAACGGAUCCUGUGAAGAUAUCGGCAACUCACACCGCUGCCACUGCCUCGACGGCUACACCGGCUCCUACUGUCAGAAGGAGAUCAACGAGUGUGACUCCGCACCCUGCCAAAACGGAGCAGUAUGCAAAGAUCUAGUCGGAACGUAUCAGUGUCAAUGCGCUAAAGGAUUCCAAGGACAAAACUGCGAGUUGAACGUAAACGAUUGCCUGCCGAAUCCGUGUCAGAACGGCGGAACAUGUCACGAUCUCAUAAACAAUUUCUCAUGCUCAUGCCCGUUCGGUACACUUGGAAAGAUUUGCGAGAUCAACGUUAACGAUUGCAAACACGAUGCUUGUCACAAUAACGGUACCUGUAUCGACAAAGUCGGCGGCUUUGAAUGCAAAUGUCCUCCUGGUUUCGUAGGACCCAGGUGCGAAGGUGAUAUCAACGAGUGCUUGUCGAACCCGUGUUCGAAUCCUGGUACACAGGACUGCGUACAGUUAAUCAAUGAUUACGAUUGUAAUUGUAAACCUGGGUACAUGGGUAGACAUUGCGACGCGAAGGUUAAUUUCUGUGCGAACUCGCCCUGUCAAAACGGCGGUAUUUGCACGGCGAUCCAAGGUGGACAUGAAUGUUUGUGCAAUGAAGGAUUUUAUGGAAAGAACUGUGAAUACUCAGGCUAUGCAUGUGACUCAAAUCCUUGCCAAAACGGCGGUUAUUGUCAAACUUCUGAGAUCGGUGACUAUGUCUGCGAUUGUCCGUCAGGAUUAUCUGGUACCAAUUGUGAAAUCGAUUCGAUGAAUGAGUGUCUCAGUAAUCCAUGUAAACACCCCGAAGCACGUUGCAUAGACAAACCAGGCGACUACCUUUGCUAUUGUCCGAGACAAUGGACCGGCAAAAACUGCGAUAUUCAUGACCCUCACGCCAGAGGUGGGUACGGAAGUCCCAUCUCUGGUCUGUACGGCAAAAACCCCGGACUGACAGCUUUAGAGUUAGAUUUGGCAUUCCAAAGAGAACAGUGUGUAAAGUUAGGUUGCAAAGAAAAACAAGGCGAUCACCAUUGCGAUGACGAAUGUAAUACUUAUGCGUGUGAUUUCGACGGAAACGACUGUUCUCUUGGUAUUAAUCCUUGGGCAAACUGUACAGCCCCAAUUAAGUGUUGGGAAGUCUUCAUGAACGGCGAAUGUAACGAAGUAUGCAACACUCAAGCCUGCAUGUUUGAUGGAAGGGAUUGCGAGAAAUCGUUGCAGAAAUGUAACCCAGUCUACGAUGCAUAUUGUCAAAAGCACUACGCCAAUGGACAUUGUGAUUACGGAUGUAACAACGCAGAAUGUAACUGGGACGGGCUUGAUUGUGAAAAUGAGCCGCCAGAUCUAGCUGAAGGUGUUAUGUCAGUUAUUUUGCUUAUGGAUAUGAGGACAUUCAAAGAAAAUUCUGUAGCUUUCUUGCGAGAUCUCGGCCAUCAGCUGCGAACUACGGUUUUGAUAAAAAAGGAUCACUUAGGUAAUGAUAUGGUGAUCCCUUGGAAAGGUACUGCAGACGUAGGUUUACAGGAUACAGAAUUUGGCAAGAAACACCAUAUAGUUUACACGGAAAGAGGACAAUCCGGAGUUCAAGUUUAUUUAGAGAUUGACAACAGGAAGUGUACAACGACGUCCGGAUCAGAGUGCUUCUUUUCGGCUCGUGAAGCUGCGGAUUUCCUAGCAGCCACUGCAGCGAAGCAUUCGUUAUCACCAGACUUUCCUAUUUACCAAGUUAAAGGAGUAAAUCCUCCGGAAGAGCCACCUACUAAUUUCAAAUAUGUUUUUAUCGGAGUGAUCUUAGUUUUAUUAGCCGGCCUUUUAAUUGGCGUACUCGUGACGGCCCAAAGGAAGCGAGCUGCGGGUAUUACUUGGUUCCCUGAAGGAUUUAUUCGAAACAAUUCUUCCACACACCGUCGCUCAAGACGAAGAGGCCCUGAUGGACAGGAAAUGAGAAAUCUUAAUAAGGGGUCUAUGGGCUGUAUCGACGUCGAUAUUAAUAAUGGUCAUAUGGGUCCUCCUCAUUGGUCUGACGAUGAUGAUGAUGGUUCUGCGCCUCCAAGAGCUAAGAGACCCCGUGGUCCAGGAGAUUCUAAUGGAGUACCAGGUGGCUAUGCGUCUGACCAUACUGCGAUCACUGAUUACGAAGAAGCUAGUCACGAACCAAGAGUUUGGACGCAACAGCAUUUGGAUGCGGCGGAUAUCAGAGUACCACCUAGCAUGAUGACCCCGCCUGCUAUCCACGACGCUCAACUAGAUGUGAACGCCAGAGGGCCUCUUGGCAUGACACCGCUGAUGGUGGCUGCUAUUAGAGGCGGCGGCUUAGACACCGGAUCUGACGUGGAAGAUGAGCAGACAGCGCAUAUUAUAUCGGAGCUGGUGGCGCAGGGAGCACAACUCAACGCCGCCAUGGACAAGACCGGGGAAACUAGCUUACAUCUUGCCGCCAGAUACGCGCGUGCCGACGCAGCCAAGCGCCUCCUAGAUGCGGGCGCGGACGCCAACUCGCAAGACAAUACGGGAAGAACGCCAUUACAUUCGGCCGUCGCAGCCGACGCGAUGGGAGUCUUCCAGAUCCUUCUACGGAACAGAGCUACCAACCUUAACGCUAGGAUGCACGAUGGUACCACUCCGCUCAUAUUAGCAGCAAGGCUGGCUAUUGAGGGCAUGGUGGAAGAUUUGAUAAACGCAGACGCAGAUAUCAACGCAGCAGACAAUAGCGGUAAGACCGCGCUACACUGGGCCGCGGCCGUCAACAAUGUUGAUGCAGUCAACGUAUUGCUCGUUCACGGCGCCAACAGGGAUGCACAGGAUGACAAGGACGAAACGCCCCUAUUCUUGGGUGCAAGAGAAGGCUCAUAUGGAGCUUGCAAGGCAUUGCUAGACGCGAUGGCGAAUAGAGAGAUAACGGACCACAUGGACCGUCUGCCGCGCGACGUGGCUCAGGAGCGCAUGCACGACGACAUCGUUCGACUGCUGGACGAACAUUGCCCGCGUCCUCCACAACACCACCAUCUUAUGACGUCUCCCACGCCGCACCCGCAGCUCAUCAGCCAGCCGACGGUGAUCACGGCCAGCAAGGGCAAGCCCAAGAAGCCCCGCGCAAAGCCCGGCCCCGACAGUCCGCAGGAGACCUACGAGACAAACAUGCAGGCUUCGCAGAUCAGACGGAAACCAAGUGUAAAAAAGAACAAUAAGAAAGUGGCGCAAGAAGUGCCACAGAGUGUGGAGAGCUUGGGAUUCAGCCUCAGUCCCGUUGAAUCACCGCUACAAAAUUUACAGGACCUGCCGUCCCCGUACGACGCGACGUCGCUGUACUCGAACGCGAUGGCGCAGUACCCGCCCGUGGAGCAGUUCGUGCAGCACAAGCAGCCGCCCAGCUAUGACGACUGCGUCAAGACGGGCCAGGCGAUGCAGUACGGCGGCGGGGCGCUGGGCUCCUCUCUGUCGCCGCCCUACUCCAACCACUCGCCCACUCACAGCAACCAGACGACGUCGCCGCAUGCCUAUAUAGGCUCCCCGUCUCCGGGCAAGUCGCGGCCGUCGCUGCCGACGUCUCCGGCGCACAUGGCGGCGCUCCGACACCACCACCUCGACGCUGUCGCCUACUCAGCGCUGUCGCACCUCACGUCGAACGGGCCGCGCGACGCGCAGCUGCAGGCGGUGUACUCGCACGCGGCGGCGCUGGGGCAGGUGCACGGCGCGCAGCACCCCGCCAUCACCAACCUCAUGUCCGGUCUAUACGGCAGUUGGGGAAUGGGAGAUACUUUCCCGACCCCCUCCCCGGAAUCUCCUGACCAUUGGUCAACCCCCUCCCCCCAAACACCCCUCACGCAAUCUCCUCACUCGGAUUGGUCGGACCGCGCUGCGCUGUCGCCAAACGACAUACCACAGACAAACAAAGGUGCGACCGAAGCCUAUAUAUAG